AUCUCCGGCGCCCCUCCGCCAUCAUGCUGCCACCGCCGCCGUCGCUGAAGGCCGUGACGGUGACCCACGUGCGCUACCACAGGGGCGACCGGCUCGGCCACUUCCUUGCGUGGAUCUCGCUCGUCCCCGUCUUCAUCAGCCUCGGCGGCUUCGUCUCGCACUUCAUCUUCCGCCGCGAGCUGCAGGGGAUGUUCUUCUUCCUCGGCCUCCUCGUCUCGCAGCUCAUCAGCGAGCACAUCAAGGCCUGGGUCCAGCAGGCCCGGCCCGAGACGUGCGCGCUGCUCGAGAUGUGCGAUUCCCACGGCUGGCCCUCCAGCCACUCGUCCUACAUGUUCUUCUUCGCCACGUACUACACCCUGCUCACGUACCGGGGGAUCGGCCUCACCGACACCAAGAACAAGCCGCUCGCGUGCUCCCUGCCGUGGUGCUUGGCGGUGCUGACGAUGUACUCUAGGGUUUAUUUGGGGUACCACACGGUCGGUCAGGUCUUCGCGGGCGCCGCGCUCGGGAGUUUGAUCGGAUGGGCUUGGUUUUGGCUGGUGAAUUCGGUGUUCUGUCGCUACUUCCCGGCGAUCGAAGAGAGCGCGUUCGGGAGGAGGUUCUACAUCAAGGACACCUCGCAUAUCCCGAACGUGUUGAAGUUCGAGUACGACAACGCGAGGGCUGCGAGGAAAGACAUGGAAUGCAAGUGCAACUGAGGCCGGACUGAUUGGGAAUUCAUCUCAAUAGGUGAAGUGCUCCAGAUGAUUCAUCAGUACAGAUGAGGGAAUAACAUACGUCCUUACCUUCUUCGGAUGGCAUAGUGUUCGAGGCUAAUCUGAGUUUCCCAGGCUAGAUUCGAAUCCUCAUAUUAGAAUGAAUGAGAGAAUUUUAAUAUUCUUGGAGAAUUCUGCCUAGUGGAUGGAAAGUUCGAGUCUUUAUUUUUUCAGUUACUGGAGAAACCGGAAAGAUUUGCUUCUAACCUACAUCCGGAGGUUCAAAUAACGAGUCUAAUAUGUUGUGACUUGAAAUGAAAGCAAGAGUCAUGCAAAUGUGCUUUCUUUUUCAAUUUUAUCAUGAGAAUGCAUAUAUACACUUAUAUGGGAUAUCUAUUCUAGAACUCUUCUUGAAAGUGUGAAAUGCCACUGCCA